AUGAUGCCAGCUGCCAAGAUGUGGGCUUUGCUCACCGUGUCGCUGUGCUGCCUGUCUCAGCCGGCUCUUUUCAAGAAGGCUUUCCGAUGCCCUUCAUCAUGCAGCUGCUCCAAGGAGUCGAUCAUGUGCGUCGGGUCCUCUUAUGUCCCGAGGAUCUCCCCCAACGAGAUCAAUUCUCUGAGCAUCGUGAAUGGGACUUUCUCCGAGCUCAGAGAAGCGAUGUUUGCUCACAUGCCGUCCCUCCAGCUGCUGCUUUUAAAUUCCAACUCUCUAACAACUAUAAGGGAUGAUGCGUUCACGGGCCUCUCACAUCUGGAGUACCUGUUCAUCGAGAGUAAUAAGAUAGAGACCGCAUCCAAAUAUGCCUUCAGAGGACUCAGGGACUUGACUCACUUGUCUUUGUCAAACAAUAAAAUUAACUCCUUGCCCAGGGACAUCUUUAUUGACCUGGAAUCACUAAUAGAGCUGGAUCUGCGGGGCAACGCUUUCGAGUGUGACUGCCGUGCCAAGUGGCUGAUGACGUGGCUGAAGAACACCAACGCCACGGUGUCCGAUGUCGUGUGUGCCGGACCGGAGGAAAUGAAGGACAAGCGCCUCAAUGACAUGGCCAGCCUGCACAACGAGUGCAUCUCAACGGAUUUUGUCCUCCAUCAAUCUGUGACGUCUGAAUCUCUGUCUGUUGACACAUUCAGUUAUAAGAACGAUGUCUACGUGACCAUUGCUGCUCCCAGCAUCGAGAGUUGCAUGGUUUUGCAAUGGGACCACAUAGAGAUGAAUUUCAGGACCUAUGAUAACAUCACAGGUCAGUCCAUUGUGGGUUGCAAGUCAGUUGUCAUCGAGGACCAGGUGUUUGUCAUCGUGGCUCAGCUCUUUGGAGGUUCCCACAUCUACAGGUUUGAUGAGGACCAAAGCAGGUUCAGCAAGUUCCAGGACAUUGAGGUGUCAAAGAUCUCUAAGCCCAAUGACAUUGAGGCCUUCCAGAUAGGCCCUGACUGGUUCUUUGUGAUCGCUGACAGCUCCAAAGCGGGCCUGUCCACCCUCUACAAAUGGAACAAUAAGGGCUUUUAUUCAUACCAGUCGCUGCAUGAGUGGUACCGUGACACGGAUGCAGAGUUCUUGGACCUGGAUGGGAAGGCCCACCUUAUUUUGGCAAGCCGCUCGCAGGUGCCUGUGAUCUACCAGUGGAGCCGGAGCAACCAGAAGUUUGUCCUGCAGGGCGAGAUCCCCAACAUGGAGGAUGUUGUAGCCGUGAAGCACUUUCAGAUCAAGGGGGAACUCUACCUGGCUUUGACCCGCUACAUUGGAGACUCCAAAGUUCUACGCUGGGGUGCCAAACAGUUUGCAGAGAUCCAGGCUUUACCCUCACGAGGCUCCAUGAUUCUGCAGCCGUUCUCUUUCAAAGAACGCAUCUACCUGGCCCUGGGAAGUGACUACACCUUCUCACAGAUCUACCUGUGGGAUGAUGAAGAGAACCUCUUUGACCGCUUCAAGGAGGUGUACAUCCAGGCACCGCGCUCCUUCACUGUGGUUCCCACUGACCGCAGGGACUUCAUCUUUGCCUCUAGCUUUAAGGGAAACACACAGAUCUUUGAGCACAUCAUCAUUGACUUGAGCUUGUGA